GCGGCAGGGGGCGGCCAUGGCGGCGGCGCGGCCCGGGCCCGGCCGGCUGGGGCUGGUGGCGGCCAUGGCGUUGGGGCUGGGGCUGGGCGCGGCCGCCGGCGCCGGGCUGGGCCUGCUCUGGCUGCGGCGGCGGAGGCGGCGGGUCGGCGGGCGGCAGGCGGAGGCCGCGGGGCAGCGGAGCCAAGGUGGCGUGUACCACACGGGCACCGUGGCAGUGACAGCAGAGCAGAAACACCCUUCUGACUUUGUCGUGCCCAGAGCGCUGGUUCCUGUAGAGGCGGGAGAUGGGGCCAUGUACACAGCUCUCCUGCCGCAGGAGGAGCAGGUGGAUGUGCUGGAGCGCCUGGACUUCGUGCUGAGGAACAUCUCGGAGCUCAGGAGGGAAGUGGAGGAGCUACGGAGCACCUUGCAGCACUUAGCUGCAGAAAUCGUUGGCGAAGUCAGGUCCCAUCUGGAAGAAACCCAGAAAGUAACUCGCCGGAGGCGGUUCCCGUUUCCUAGAGAAAGAAGUGAUUCCACAGGCUCCAGUUCAAUUUAUUUCACAGCCAGCUCAGGAGCAGCCAACACGGACGAUGGAGAAAGUGAAGGAGGGUACAGCACAGCCAACGCUGAGUCUGAUUACGACCGGGAGUCCGAAAGAGAGAGCGAAGAAGGGGAAGAUGAAGUGAGCUGUGAAACAGUGAGACCUGUGCGGCGGGAUUCCCUGGAUCUCGUCAACGAGGAUGAAACGCAUUUAAUGUUAGAUUCCUCGCUGGAGGAGGGACUGGGUCAGCUCCUGCAGCAGGCUGACCGCUUGCACAGCGGAGACGAGCAGGAGAAGAGAGAGGGGUUCCAGCUGCUGCUCAAUAAUAAACUGGCGUACGCGGAUCAGAAAGACUUUCUUUGGCGCCUGGCCCGGGCACACAGUGAUAUGAGCGAAAUCACAGAAGACACAGUUGAGAAGAGAUCGUACGCGUCUGACGGGAAAGAAGAGAUGGAAAUCGCCUUACAGAAAUGGGACCAAAGUGCUGAGUGCCAUCAGUGGUACGCUGUUCUCUGCGGGCAGUUAGCGGAACACGAGAGCAUUCAGAAGCGCAUCCAAACUGGGUACGUUUUUAAGGAGCACAUUGAUAAAGCCAUUGCACUGAAACCGGAGGAUCCAAAGUCUCACUAUCUUUUGGGCAGGUGGUGUUACCAGGUUUCCCACCUGGGCUGGCUUGAGAAAAAGACUGCUGCUGCUUUGUUUGAAGCCCCUCCUACAGCCACUGUGCAGGACGCGCUGCAAAACUUCUUACGGGUCGAGGAACUGAGCCCAGGAUUUUCCAAAGCAGGAAGAGUCUACAUUGCCAAGUGUUACAGGGACCUGGGGAACAACUCCGCAGCCGUUCUCUGGAUGACUCUUGCCGCGGAGCUGCCCGUUAAUACAAAAGAGGUAGCGGUCUCACUGAGCACGCGUUGAUGAUGGGCAGAGAUGAAAUUGUUUUAUGAAAGAUGUUGCAGCUUGAUGCAGAAAGCGAGAGAGAACUUGAAGAGAUGCGGUCGGUCUGCCAAGAAUAAAUACGUACAGGCUCAUUCCGCUUGAUACUGCACAGACAGUAGAAUUCCAGUUAAAGGGGUUUCAUGAUCCUGACAGCUUUGAUUGCACUUCGUGGAUAAGCCCCAAGAGCUUACAGGAAAAAGCACGCAGCAGUCUCAUCGGCACAUCCAGGAAAAGAUCUUGGUGGGAUUUAAUCGGAUAAAAUUUUGUAUUUUCCUCCUGA